CAUCCGGGGUUUUGGUAUGGAACAUUUGUAAUGGCGGUCAAGGUGGCAACUAGCAUGAUUGAAAUAUAAGGAUAUAGCCAUCUGUCCGUCUCGUAUUGUGGGUAAAACUACCAAGAGAACGCGAAUUAAUGUCAAAAUGAAUCAGAAUGCCUCUCAGGAAAAUGAUAAAGAUGCAAAGGAAGUGAGAACUGUCGAGAUUGAACAGGGGCAGACACCAUCAUUACAGCCGUCUGUGGAGAAAUCCCAAGUAUUGCCGACUUCUCAGUCCAAUUUUGGACCCGAUAUGUCGGGUAGUGAUGAUGACGAAGCUUCCGAGGUUGACUCCUUCCUCCUUGAUGAAGGUGACAAUGACAUCGAUGAUGGUGAGAAUGUAUUGGAGCCAAGUUCCAAGUUCCUCCUUCAUACCGAGAGUGGCGACGCCCAGGGCCUACAGACAGUAGACCCAGAAACUCAUGCUAGAUUAGAAGCUUUGCUUGAAGCUGCAGGAAUUAGUAAAUUGUCGUCCAAAGAUGGAAAAGCCUUGACGGAUCCAGAGGUGCUGCGGACUUUGACGUCAUCCGUGAGCAGUGCCCUGGAUGAGGCUGCCCAGGCUCUACACAGAAUGCGAGCAGAGCAACAGAAUCAACUUGCCCCAAAUGAAUGUGCGAGAUCCCUUGCCGAGGCUUGCGGUGAGGGAGAUGUGAACGUACGCAAGUUGUACGAUGGAGGCAAUGUGCCUGAACCCGAAGAAGGAGAAAGUUUGCUAUCCUUAGCAUGCUCUGCAGGAUAUUAUGAACUAGCACAGGUCUUGUUGGCUAUGAAAGCCAAUGUGGAAGACCGUGGAAUCAAAGGUGACUGCACUCCCCUGAUGGAAGCUGCGAGUGGUGGUCAUGUAGACAUUGUCCGCCUACUGAUCUCCCAUGGAGCUGAUGUGGAUGCACAAUCUUCCGCAGGCAACACCCCUCUCCACUACGCAGCAUGUGGUGGGUACAAGGAGGUUGUACAAGAACUGAUCAAAGCUAAUGCACGAGUGGAGGUGCACAAUGAGAAUGGACACACCCCCCUGAUGGAAGCAGCCAGUGCCGGCCAUGUGGAGGUAGCUCGCAUCCUGCUAGACAACGGGGCUGGAAUCAACACUCACUCGAAUGAGUUCAAGGAGAGUGCACUCACAUUAGCAUGCUACAAAGGUCACCUUGAGAUGGUGAAAUUCCUUCUGGAGGCGGGAGCUGACCAGGAACACAAGACGGACGAGAUGCACACAGCGCUGAUGGAGGCGUCCAUGGAUGGCCAUGUGGAGGUGGCCAGACUGCUGCUUGACAGCGGAGCACAGGUGAACAUGCCUGCUGACAGCUUUGAGUCCCCGCUUACUCUGGCUGCAUGUGGAGGUCAUGUUGAGCUGGCGGCUCUGCUGAUUGAGCGUGGAGCUAACAUUGAGGAAGUCAACGAUGAGGGUUACACCCCUUUGAUGGAGGCUGCACGAGAGGGACAUGAUGAGAUGGUGGCACUCCUACUCUCUCAUGAUGCUGACAUUAAUGCCCAAACUGAAGAGACCCAAGAGACAGCCUUGACCUUGGCAUGUUGCGGUGGCUUCCUGGAGGUAGCCGACUUCCUGAUCAAGGCUGGUGCCGACAUUGAGCUGGGGUGCAGCACCCCUCUCAUGGAGGCAGCUCAGGAAGGCCACCUGGAGCUUGUCAAGUAUCUGCUGGACCACAAUGCCAAUGUCCAUGCUCAGACUGGCACGGGAGACACUGCCCUCACAUAUGCCUGUGAGAAUGGUCACACUGAUGUUGCAGAGUUGCUUCUUGAAAGAGGAGCAGAGCUGGAACAUGAGUCUGAGGGAGGAAGAACUCCCCUCAUGAAGGCUGCAAGAGCUGGUCACCUCUGUACUGUCAACUUCAUCAUCAUCAAAGGAGCUGAUGUUAAUCGUGCAACAACUACCAAUGACCACACUGUGUUGUCUCUGGCCUGUGCUGGGGGCCACUUGGCUGUUGUCGAGUUGCUCCUUGCUCACGGAGCUGAUCCAGGACACAGGCUCAAGGACGGGUCCACCAUGAUCAUCGAGGCUGCGAAGGGAGGCCACACUCAGGUGGUGAAGCUUCUGCUAGAGUGGCCCAACAGGGUCCUCAUGGCCAACUCACCUGACCUGCCGCAGAUCAAUGCUGCAGACUCCAACCAUGAAGAGCAACAUAGAGUCCCUGUCCAAGGUCUUGCUAACAUUGUCCCACCCAAUGAGCCAGACUCUCAACCCUCACCUGUCAACUUUACACCAAAUAUCCAAGGAAAAAACCCUGAUGUGAUAAGGCAGAACAUGCAAAAAUCUAUUGCCAAGAGAUGUUUGAAUGGCCAAGUGGCCGAGGCCAAAGUGGGAAAGUCAAGCAAUGCUGUGAUAGCAGAAAGUCUGCAACAGUUGAACCAUGAUGGAGCAAUGCUAGCUGAUCUUGCCGAGGAUAAGGCGUCUGAGAAGGUGGAGGCAAUCAUUAACAACAUCAUGGCCAAAGAGUUGAUCAAUACCACUCCUGCCACCAAAGAGGAGCAGAUACUGAGGAAGCAGCAGAUCCUGGAGGAGCUGCAGAAGGUGGAACGGGAGCUGCAGGAGAAGGCCCAGGCUCAGCUCCUGCUCAGCGCUCAGCAGCAGUUUGAGCAGCAGCAACAACAGGUGCUUGUUCAGACUGCAGCAAAAAUUAAGAAUGCAGCUCAGGCAAAGCAAGGAGAGCGGAAGGAUGAUGGAUCUAGUCAGUCUCAGGCUCUCCCUGAAGGACUCGGCUUAAGUGGAGUCUCCUCCGACAUUCAGUUUGACAUUGCUGCACAACUGCCAAAGCUACUCACAAGUGCUGAUCUCUCUGUCGCCACCCAAUCUCUUCUUCCCAACUACCCUGAAGCCUUUUUACAGCCAGGGCCACAACCUCCCAACAAUGGAGCAUCCAACAGUAUAACCGAGCAGAGACAUCAAGUGGGUAAACCAUCGUCCCAGUCCAAGAGAAGUGGUAACACCAAAGGGUCAAGGACCAGUAAAAACCCACCAAGCACUCAGUCCACAGCAUUAAGUUCAUCAUCAGAGCAUAAUGGAGGUGAGGAGCAUGGUCUCCAUAUUUGUAGUGAUGCCACAGGGUCACAGUCUCAGGAGCAGUUCCAACUGUCAGCCCCAGCCCAAAUUGCAAUGGAUGCUGUACAGAGACAACAGCUGCAGGUGCUUGCACAGCAGCAACAGCAUCAGCAGCAGCUGCCACCACAUAUGAUCCAACAGCUGCCUCAACAGCAAGACCAGCUUCUCCAGCAGAUGCUGCAGCAACAGAAUAUACAACAACAGUAUGUCCAGCCGCUGCCGCAACAUGCCUUGCAACAGCUCCUACCACAGUCCAGUCUCCAGCAGCAGACCCAGCAGCUGUUUACCCAACAGCAACAACAGCAGUUCCUCCAGCAACAACAGCAGGCACAACAACUUCUUCAUCAGCAACUACAACAACAGCUGAAACAGCAACCUCCAAACAGUAACAGCAAGCAACAACACGUCCGGAAACAGCAAAGGGUUGCUCCGAACCCAGGAGAGGACUUAGCUCAGGGGAACAUGCCAAUACUAGGCUCACCACCACCAUCCACCCCGAUGACACCCAACCCCUCUCCUGCCUCCCCCCAAAGUCUCACCCCUCUGUACCCCUCAGUCGAAGUGGAUGUUGAUGCUGUCACGGAAAGUAACCAUGACACCGCUCUCACUCUGGCCUGUGCUGGCGGCCAUGCAGAACUUGUCAGUUUGUUGCUGUCCAAGGGAUCAGACAUUGAACAUAGGGACAAGAAAGGGUUCACCCCUCUGAUCCUGGCUGCCACUGCUGGGCACGUGGAUGUGGUGGAGAUUCUGCUGGACCAUGGUGCCGACAUCGAAGCUCAGUCGGAGAGAACAAAAGACACGCCCCUCUCCCUCGCCUGCUCAGGGGGCAGAUACGAGGUUGUGGAGUUGCUGUUAGCCCGAGGAGCCAACAAGGAGCACCGUAAUGUGUCGGACUACACUCCACUCAGUCUGGCUGCAUCGGGGGGCUACGUCAACAUCAUCAAGCUUCUCCUGUCACACGGGGCAGAAAUCAACUCCAGAACUGGGAGCAAACUGGGCAUUUCUCCAUUGAUGUUGGCAGCUAUGAAUGGGCACACAGCUGCUGUCAAGUUGUUGCUGGACAUGGGCAGUGACAUCAAUGCUCAGAUUGAGACGAACCGGAACACAGCGUUGACACUGGCAUGCUUUCAGGGAAGACAUGAGGUUGUCAGCUUACUUGUUGACAGAAAAGCUAACAUUGAGCACAGGGCUAAGACUGGACUGACCCCAUUAAUGGAAGCUGCGUCUGGUGGCUAUGUGGAGGUUGGGAGAGUGCUGCUGGAGAGAGGAGCCGAUGUCAACGCCCCACCCGUACCCUCUUCUAGAGACACAGCCCUCACCAUCGCAGCUGACAAGGGACACUACCGGUUUGUGGAACUGCUUCUGCACAGGGGUGCGGCUGUUGACGUCAAGAACAAGAAGGGAAACUCACCCCUGUGGUUGGCUUGCAAUGGAGGUCACCUAGAUGUGGUUCAGUUGUUGGUGACGUCGGCAGCUGACAUUGACAGUCAGGACAAUCGUAAGGUGUCUUGCUUAAUGGCUGCAUUUCGGAAAGGACACAUCAAGGUGGUCAAGUGGAUGGUGAAGCAUGUCAGUCAGUUUCCCUCUGACCAGGAGCUACAGCGCUACAUUGCUACAGUCACAGAUAAGGAGCUGCAGAAGAAGUGUCAACAGUGUAUGGAGAUCAUUGUGAAUGCGAAGGACCGCCAGGCAGCAGAGGCCAACAAGAAUGCUACUAUCUUACUAGAGGAGAUUGACAAGGAAAGGCAGGUGGAAGAGAACAAAAAAGCUCAGGCAGCCAAGAAACGAGAACGCAGGAGGAAGAAAAGGAAAGAGAAAAUGGAGAAAGACAAAGAAAAGGACUCAAGCAGUAAGAACUCGUCCCCAGAACCUGAGAGUGUGGAGACCGAGGAUAUCCCACUAGAGAAGGAAGAAGAGGAGGAGGAAGAGAUACCCCUAGAACCACCAUCAGCAACUACAACCUCCACCAUCGGAACAACUCUGACAUCCAACACAGAACCCAAGAACAGCCGCAAAAAUGGAACCCUGGUCCCAAGCUCUAGCGCAAUGGAGUCCCGCAAGAACAAGCGCAACAAGAGUCGUCAGGAGCGUGAAAGAGAGACUCCCCCUGAGUCAGCGGAACCCCGAGUUCCUAUCGUCACCCCCACCAUCGCAUGUCUGGUGACCAGCAUUAUGACUACCACUGUUACGACCACUACAAGCCGAGUGAACAUAACAUUGGGCAGGCAGGCACAUGCUGGGCACCACCGAGAAAGAGAUCGGGAUAGAGAGGGACGGAGGAAGAAGAAUAACAACCCGGACCUGAUGAUUAAAUCAGCAGGUUCAUUGCAAUUUCACUCUCCAGGGAUUGGGGAUCUGGAUGAUUUCGGGUCUGUGCCAAAGAUAUCUGAAAAGGAGAUUGAAAAGCUUACUAAGACAAAGAACAAUGUACCACAGCCAUCUCCCCUGACGAGCAAGGAAAAUCUGGCUCACCACCAUGAGAAGCCCACAGCAGCAGACAUGUCCCCCAACACUCUGUCCCUGAAAUCUACGCCUGUCAUUGCAAGUCCCAAGCGGGGGCAGAAAAAGGAGGAGGGCUGGAAGGAGGUCAUGAGAAAAUCCAAGAAGGUGUCAGUUCCUUCCAAUGCCAUCAGCCGUGUGAUAGGCCGAGGUGGCUGUAACAUCAACGCUAUCCGGGAGGUGUCCGGAGCCCAUGUGGAGGUGGAGAAGCCUAAAGGCUCUGGAGAAAGAGUUAUAACAAUCAAGGGGUCUGCAGAGGCAACUCGUCAAGCUAAUGCUCUGAUCAUGGCCUUGGUGCAGGAUCCAGACAAAGAACUGACAGAAAUUCUGGCUAAAAAUAAGCCUAAGGCUCCAUCAACUGUCACUAUUGCUGACUUUGCCAUUGGAACUUUUAAUGCUGCAAAUUUGUCCAACUCUGCUAGUUCGACAUCGUCUGGAUCAGGUAGUUUGUCGACCAAGUCCCCAGCCAACACUAGCAAGUCCUCCAGCACUCGUCAGUCUUCAUCUGGUGUGGGCAACAACAGCUCAUCUGGGAAGUCAUCUAUGUCACAAUCUAUGGUGUGGCAGGGCUCUGGAACUAGCCAGCCUGUUCCCACAUCACCAAGACGCAGCCCUCAAAAACAGAUUUCCUCCAGUCACUCUGGGUCUCCUGCACCAAACCAUCACAGUGUGGAGAAGACGGCUUCUCGUCAGCUGUUUCCGUCAGACAGGAGAAGCUCGACAUCUCCAGUGGUCACCUUCACCAACUCCUCCACAGUCUCCUACAGCUCCUCCUCCACAGCAGUUAAAGUUGUUCCGUCAAGUGCUAAUUCCACUCGUGGAAGGCCCGACAACAGAGAUCAGGUCACCAUCAAAUCUGCUCCGAAACCUGUUACUGGUCCUGUUAAGCUUCUCACACGUCAAGCUCAAACAAAACCUGACCCUCAACCUCUGCCAAUAGUAGCAAGCCAUGGGACUGGAAAUAAUGUACCCAAUGUUGGGCAGCAGGCUACGCCUUCCCCAGGGUCCUCCACCCCUGGAGAGUAUUUGCCUUUCAACAAUCUGUUCAGUAAUUAUGGUGCCCAGAUCUUGGGCAAGAAGGAUGAUAGUACUGAUAAGAUGAACUUCGCCAGUGUAGCUGCUGCUGGAGUGGUAUCUACACUUUCCAGUCCUCUGUCUAAUGUCAAUGUGGCCUCCGCCCUCAGUGGCGAGAGUCACAAAGUUGACCCGAGCCUACAGGCCAAGGCUCCAGGAUACAAACCAGGCAGAACAGGUUCUCCUCAGUUUCGUCAAGAUAUGGAACAAAGCAAGAAUCCAGGUUUUAAAAAUUUUCACCUUCCAGUUCAAGCAAUGCAAGGAGGCAUGGGCGAACUGGAUAUGACACGAGCACCAGGUUUCCGUGGAAACAUGCCACCUUCAGGGAUGUCCCCUCGGUCCAACACAUCCACACCUAGUGGACUCUCUCCACGCAGCCAGACAGGCACACCCCUUGACUCCAGUCAACAUUCUAUCUCUUCUCUCUCUAGUCAAAAGGAAGAAUACAGUAUGCCAAAUCAGCCAAUGACACUCCCUGAGAUUAAGAGCACUUUAAACCCCAAUGCUCCUGAUUUCCAAAUCUCAUCCACCAACAUGAACCAGAUGGUGAAUGGCCUUCCGGGUGGCAUCGGCCAGGAACUCCAUCCACUGCCACCCAGUGCACUCCAGGCUCUCCACCAACAACUCCUCAACGCCCAGCAGCUGCUCAACUUCUCCAACAUGCCUCAAGGCAACUUCUCCAUCCCCAAUGAGCUCCAGAUGCUGCAGCAGCUUAGCUCAGUUGGUAACCAGAUACCCAACCCAAUGGGAAAUCAGAUGAACAGCCAGAUGCCCAACCCUAUGUCCAGUCAAAUGAAUAACCAAAUGCCAAACCAGAUUCCGAAUCAGAUAGGCAGAGAUCAUCUUAGUGGUCAGAUGAGCAGCAACCAGUUGGGUCAGAUGGGAAACCAGAUGCCUCAAGGAGGGGGUCAGAAUCAACCAGUUGGUCCUCCAGGUCCGAACGGACAGAAUCCAGGCUUCCUGCCCCAGAUAAUAUCUCGCACCCUCUCCCCAAUGCCACCGCCGCAUGCCCGCCCAAACAGUGCUCCAUCUAUGGCUGGCAUGUCUCAAGGAGAGAGUGGCUCCCCUGGUCCCAUUGGUCCCCCUCGAGGUACUUCACCCAUGCCAAUAGGCACACCACCGCUACCGGACCCUGUCAAGAACAAUAUGGAUGACCGGAGGGUGCCGCGCCCUAUUGGGGGAGAACGGAGUCAUCGCAAAGCCCCUGGCACAGGUCCUGGGAAUAUUGGACCUGUCGGGGACUUCAGCAAACUCUGGGGCCUCAACUCUGCAAUAUCUGAGCUGAAUUCUGAGUGGGCACCUAGCACAUCUCCCAUGAUGACCAGUGCAUCCAUGCAAGCCUCUGUGAGGACAUCAUCUGUGAUAACGGGGGGAAACAUGGCUUACACUCGGGAUGGGGAUGGUUCCACUGGCGAGCCAACCCAAGAUCCCAAUUCGUUUCCUGAAGGCCUCUCUAUAGAGGCAGCAGUGGAACAGAAUUUCGUGAAUCCCCAGAUGAUGAUGGCAAUGUUUCCUAACGGUGUACCUAGUAACUUCCCCAUCCCCCCAAUGUACAACCCUCGCAUGAGUGGAGAUGGCGUGCCCACCAUGUGGCCUGGUGGAAUGAAGACCCCGCUCUCCGAGCCUGUAGAGAAUGGGGUGGGUGAACACCACCAUACAUAGAGGCAAUCAGUCACCCAUCUUAAUAACUGGAGUCAGUGGAGUCAGCAGGCCGACAUGUGACUACAACUUUGUCCCCCUGGCUGUGUGGAGGAAUACCCUUCUGCAGUUCUCAUUAAACAAGAUAAUAUCCAUCAACGUUGAUUAUUCGGCAAGGGGAACCUGCUUUAUCUGGCUGUAUUGUGGCCUCUCGCUGGCUGGCUGUCUCAGCCUUGUGCUCGUCCUCACGAUAGCAAUGAAUGGAUGAUUGAUUGUGCUUGUGUCUUUUCCUGCAAUGCCCAAUUUAGCUUUCCUUCUUGACAAUAGAGAAAAAAAUGUAAAGAAAUGUAUGAAUAAAUUGUCAAAUGAA